AAUUUUCCACUCUAAACAACGCACGCGUCUUUCCUCCCUUUUCCUUCAUAUUAUUGCCAUCGAGCCGCCCACGUUCACGCUUCUCUUUCUAUUAUUACUAUUCGGCUUCUUUCUCCAGAAAUCUCCACCUUUGAAUCUCCGCCUUCUUCUCUUUCUUGGGGCCUUGGAGGAAGCUAUGUGCCCUCUGAGGUUUGUCUUGGUCUUCUUUUCCGCCGUGCUAGCGGGUUAUUUUGCGUGGAGGACGGUGCGUUCGUCGCCGGCGCCGAACGCUCACAUCGCUUCCGAUGAAUCUUCUGUUGAAGAAAAAGCUCCCACGAAGAAUGAUUUCAAUUUGAAAGAGGCGAUCCAGAACGGAUUCUGGGUAUUCGUCGACAUGGCCAGUGGGAGGUAUCUCUGGAGAAAUCUGAAGGCUGUCAACGGUGACACAGAGCAAAAAAGCUCUUAGAACUAGGGUCCCCAUUGAUCGUCUUGCCCAAAUAUGUACAAUCUUAUCUUCCUUAUUUUCUCGAUCUUUUUCGGACAUAGAUGGCUGUACUGUUCUUUAUGGAAAGGGAAGAGGUGAAACUUUGGGGGAUACUCAUUGUAAUUUUUUUCUUUUUUUGGACAAAUGAUUUCUCUGAAAAAUGUCCAUGUUAAUUUUCCGAGGCCCGAC